AUGAACUCCCUCCCCUCCCCGCCCCUCCAGCCCCUCGCCCACGACCUCCGCCCGUACCACAAGUCCCACCCACUCGACCCUGCCAUGGACUCUCUCCUCGCCUCCGUCUGGCACUCCAUCCAACAGUCUCCUCCUCCCAGCCUGCGAGACAUCCUCGAUGCCUACAGAACAAAAGGCGAUGGCGAUCGUGACAUGCUCAUCGCUAUGCUCAACGCCAAGAGCGCCGAGGACCAGCGCAUCGCGUCCCUUGCGUCCCUCCAACGCACUAUGCUCGAAAUGUACCAACCUUCCCUCCACCCCCCAGCACAGCCCAUCCCUCCCCUCCAUCUCUCUGCCGAAGGCCACCAUUAUUCUCACCACCAUCAUCACCACUCCAGCGCUGGCCCCGCGUAUCCGUCUGUCACCCACAUGCCAUCCCCUCCCCACACCUCGUACUACCACUCUCCUCAUCCCCAGACGCGGUCAGGUGACGACGAGCCCUUGGGCUUCCACGUAUCCCACCACCGCACCGACUCGGGCGUCUCGUCCUCGAGCCCCAUCUCAAAAGAAACCCUCCUUGUGUCUGUCGAGUCGCCCUCGCGCAAGCGCCGACGAUCGUCCUUGUCCCCGGGGCCGUCUCGGGACCGUGUGCGAAGGUCUCCGCUUGGCGUCACCACACACGACCUCCCCCUCCCACCAUCACCUUAUUCCUCUGCCUCCUCGCACAGCAGCAGCGGUGGCUCCCCACGCUCCCGUGAGAGCAUGGCCAUUGGCGCCCUGCUCUCGACAUCUCAGCAAGGCCGGAACGACGCCCGCGGUCGACGCUCGUCAAAUGCUUCCGACCGACAUCCAUCGACGUCUGCUCGCGAGGCACGCUCCUAG